AUGUGCCUGCUUCCCGGGAUUGUGCUGAGGUCGGGCUUGGUUUUCCAGAGGGUGACGGCGUUGUCGAUGCCCGGGCAGGGGAUCGGAGACGGCGACGUCCCGGCUUCGGUGGUGAGGCUGGCCGGGGUGCUGAGGAAGGUGGACCUGAGCGGCAACCGGCUGACCGCCGUGCCGCCCGGGCUGUUGGGGCUGGGAGCCGGGCUGGAGGACCUCAACCUCGGCAACAACGACAUCGCGGAGAUGCCGCCAGAGAUCGCCAAGCUCGGCGGGCUUCUCUUCUUUAACAUGGCCGGGAACCGCCUGACCAGGCUCCCCGCUGAGAUCGGGCGUCUGUCGUCGCUGAAGCGGCUGGGCCUCAAGGGCAACGCGCUCGUGCGCCUCCCCUCCUCCAUCGGCGACCUCACGCACCUUGUGGAGCUCUACCUGACGGGCAACAUCCUCGAGGCCCUGCCGGACGAGAUCGUCAAGCUGCGCCGGCUCAAGAAACUCCAGCUGUCGUUUAACAACCUCCGCUCCUUGCCGCAGGGGAUGGAGGCCAUGCGCAGCCUCGAGCUCUGCCGGCUCGCCGUUAACCCGGGGCUGACGGUGGUGCCGGAGGGGCUGACUUACGCCGAGAAGUUGGCGUGGGUUUCAUUGGCGGGGUCUGCCUGGUGUGCCCGGGCCUCGGAAAAACGCCGCAGAACUUCCUUCCCCGAGAUUCCGCGAGAAGAAGUGGUUCUUGGAGAGCGGCUUGGGAGCGGUGCGUCAGGGGAGGUGUUUGCUGGAGUGUACAGAGGGAGGGACGUUGCAGUAAAGGUUUUCAAGGCAGACAUCGGUCCCGACGGCAACGCUCGCGACGAGCUGGACGUGGCCCUCACUGUCGACCACCCUAACCUCACAAAGUCGCUGGGGGUAGUCCACGCCUCCAGCACCAAGCCCUCGGGUCGCAGCAGCAGCGGAUCAGAAUCGGAGGUUGCAACCGCCGCCGCCGCCGCCGCCGCCGCCGCCGCCGCCGGUGGAGUUCCCGAAGGUGCAGUUGGCGGCGGCGGCGGCGGCGGGAGUGACGGGAUUGAGAAUCUGCGGUGGCUGGUGAUGGAGAGGGUGGUGGGAAGGCCGCUGGCGGAGAAGCCGGACUUCAGCAGCGUGCUUCGGUGUCGGUGGGGAUCCGGCAGAAGGUUCGAGCCCGUCUUGGUGCUGGCGGUGCUCCUGCAGGUGGCGAGGGCCAUGUCCUACCUCCACGAGAAGGCCAUCUGCCACGGCGAUCUCUACGCCCACAACGUCCUAGUGGACGGAGAGACCGGCGCUGCCGUCCUUUGCGACUUCGGCGCCAGCUUCUUCUACCCCACGGACCGACAGCACGACUGCUCCAUGCUGGAAGGGACCGAGGUCCGCGCCUUCGGGCUCAUGUCGAAGGACAUGGCCUGCCGCAGCGCCGGGUGCGAGUGGAUUCUUCAGGACUUGGUCCCGUCCUGCCUUCAGUCGGACGCCAGCCACCGCCCGUCUUUCCACGAGGGGGGGGUGCGGGGGGGGCCGCGGGAGGCCGCUCGUCAGGCUGGGAGAGGUGAUGGAGGGCACUGCCGAUGACGAGGGGGAAGACAACGACAACGAGGAGGGAGGAGGGGGGGGGAAGAAGGAAGCGUCACUGCCUGCUGUUGCGGUGGGGGCGGUGGUGGGGCAAGGGACUCCGGCGACCGGCAAGGUGCAACUCGUGUCCGCGAAGUGACGGCAACUAGCUGCCACCGCCGACAGCCGAGCAAGUUGCGUUGAUGGCGAUGGAGGGUGGCUUUGUUGAGUCCAUCUCCCAUCCCACUCCUUCUUUGUAUUUUUGUAUUUCCUGCCUUUCGCGCGCGGGGGGGGGUAAGCGUCGGCGACUAUUUAUAUGUUUAGCACAGCGGUUCGGCUGCGGCAACACGGCAGCGUGUUCGCACCGGAUCCAUCUGCGAGGGUAGUCCGCGGGCGCACACGCUCCAUCGGUGAUCGGCGUGCUCUUGUGGCGGUGACCGGGAUUGCUUAUUCGUAAGAGGCGGAGGGCAUGGGGGAUGGCAGCGUCUUCCCGAGAAGACAGGCGGGUUAUGCGGCAUCGCGCUCGUAGGGGGCAAUUGGUGUAGUGACCUCUCACCCUGUAGUGCCCUCUCACCCUCUCCUUACGCGUCGAAGGGCUCUGUAUCUUGUGAGGUGUGAUCAACGUGUUGGUUGAUGAAUGUAUGUUGAGCUCUUCGAGUGAGUGUUGUAAUAUGGGUCAAGCAGUUGCCUGGCGACUACUAGUUGCUGCAUGUUGGAAGAGGACUCGAGUUGGAAUUUGAAGAGAUACUUUGGCAGGAGUGGACGCGGGCCCGGUUUCGCUGCAAAGUAUUUCGGUGGCACACCGCAAUAUGAUGAGAAUCUAUUCGACCAGAGGUUCGUGUUUUUGUGGGGUCAUUUUUCCGCUGGGCCGCAUAGAUGCACCCUGCGCGUACGGGGCAAGGGGAAGCAUCCCCUGUGUGACAGCCCUUGUGUGACUGACGGCCCCUCUCUUGGGCAAUCACGGUUGAGCCGGGGAGGGUACAUUUUUUUUUUCCGGAGGCACUGUCUAUUCGUAUCCGGCAUUGCUUUUUUAUGUAUAACGUGUUUAGUAAGGUAGAUCUAGAACAGAAAAACAAAUCAACGUCUUGUUCGUUUGCCUCUUCACGCACGCAUGUCGCCGCCGCCCCCGCCGCCUGUUCUUGCGGCUCAAGUUCUAACGAAGACGACGGCGAGGUACGGGCGCUUCCCCCCCAACCAACCGCGAUGAAAACUUCGAUCCACACAAGCCCCGGUAGUGUUUAGUAGUAAUGAUAGUAAUAACUUUGGGAUCAAAUGUCUUCGGGAGAAAGUGCGAUUAAGACGGAUUAUGUUUUGGCGGGGCGGGGGGGCGGUUCGUACCUCAUGGCAAAGAACGAUGGGGAUCAGAGCUGUUGGGGGGGGGGGGGGAGACAGGAACUGUCGGCGCCUUUCCAGCGUAACUGCAGUAUGUUGGGGUCUCUCGCGUACGUAUCGCGAGAAGAUCGAUGUGGUAAACACGAUGGGUAAAAUGGAGAGUCGUGCUUGACCGACCUGCAUGUAGAAGAUGGAUGUGCCCCACACGAUGGGUAGAGGAGAACCGGCCUUUGCAUGUAGAGCCGCUUUGCUCUUAUUGGGAUCAGAAUGUGAGACAGACACGGCAGAGCGAGUGGACGAGGAAGAAGAUUCCGCGUGGUCGUGAAGGGGGGGGGCUAUUGAUUGUGUUGUGUUCGUUUGGAGCCCUCUUUUCGUUCCCGUGUAGUGUACUUUGGUUGUGUAUCCAUCCACAAAGAAAAGAGUGUUCGUCGAUAGCACGCUGCACAACAAUCGUGCGUCUCGCCCUCUGCCGAUGGGCAGGAAGGGAACGACGAAGCGGCACAGCAGCCGCAAG